AUGUCUACGGAGCCUACCGUCAACACCAGCACAACUGCAGUUCUGGAACCUCCCAACACCACUGGCGCUGACGUCACCAAGACGGUCCCGGACGAUGCACCAAAACAGACCAAUGGUAACAACCAUUCGGCCAAAUCAGACGGGGCUGGCCAUGCGCCUGUAGAAAGCAACUCUAAAGAUGCAGUUGGACUGGCGGAUACAGCCAAACCGGCGGAGGAGCCACUAUCCGGCGGUCCGGCUCUCGCUCCGGGCGUCGAUUCUCAGAAGCCUGCUGGGGAGGCCAAGCUCGACGCGCCCAGCACAGGCGACAAACGGGAACUUGAGUCGACCUCUGUCCCCACGGAUACAGAUAAACCUGCCACUGAGUCCGACUCGCCCACCGUCGCGCCAACCGCCAAAAAACAAAAGACUGACGAGAAGGCUACUACCGCAAAUGGCACGCAAGCAAAUGGAGAGAACAAGAAGGCAGGUCGCUCGAAGAAGGUGAAAGAAGCUGUGAAGAAGGUGAUACCUACGGAUGGUAUUGGUAGUCGGACUCGCAGCCGGACCAAGGCCGUGUCUUGA